CGUCAUCAGGCCCACAAAAGAGAAGCCCACAACUACAUUAUUUCGUAGCCCAAUUACUCUCACCAUCCGUAUUUCCUCCCAAAACAUUUUUGCUCUCGACUCCUCUCAGCAAUGGCGAAUACCUUAAUGGCGACAACUCGUCCCUACGUUCUUCUCUCCUCCACAAGAGCGAGCUUCAGUCUCCUCUUUCAAUCUCCUAAAAGACCGUUCGCUUCAUUUUUAUCAACUCUCUCAUCUUCCGCCGUGAGAAGCACCAAUUCGAGAUGCGUGAGCGCCGUUUUGUCUCGUGGAGAGACUGUUGCGCCGUCGUCGAUUUACAGCAGAGGAGUUUCUAGGGUUUCUGGGUUUGGUGUCGUUGACAUUCGCAGCCGUAAUUUCAGUACUAGAUCCUCUCAAGUCAACGAUGCUGGGUCCAUUGAUCAAACCCUUAUGCAAUCCAUGGAGCAAAAGAUCAAAGAACAAUUAAACGCAGAGUCAGUUUCUGUCAAGGAUAUGUCUGGAGAUGGACGCCAUGUUUGCAUUAAUGUGGUAUCAUCAGCUUUUGAGGGACAAACUGCAGUUAACAGACAAAGGAUGGUCUACAAAGCGAUCUGGGAGGAGCUACAGAACGUAGUUCAUGCGGUUGAUCAAAUGACAACAAAGACUCCUUCGGAAGUUUGAAGCUUCAAGUUUUUCUACACACUAAAAGCAUCAAUAUCUAUUUAUUUGUUUAGCAGACAAAGCUAUUUGUUUUAUCAAAAACAAAUUUGAAAUAAAGUUUUUGGAUCUUUCUUCUUGUUGUUGAUGUUCUAAGCAAUUUAUUUGUCCUCUCGCAACCCGUUCGCAAACAUUACUUCUGAGGGUGGUUGCGGGAAUAUGCGUUUGAUGACCUUCUUCUCUCGAGCGUUUGUGGUUGACGGUAGCGGGCGGUUGAAUGCUACUGUUUAUUUUCUCAAAUGAGCUCACCUGAAAG